GCAACCCCAUUAACAAAAUGCAGUCAUCGGUCAAAUCAAAAUAUAUUUAUUUCGUCGUUCUUACAGUCAAUAUUGCCGCAUUCACCACCGGGACCCUGGUCUCCAGCACAUCUUCCCAAAUUUCCAAAUUGAGCGACGCUGAACAUAGUCCUUUGGGUCGAGCAAUUACUAGCACCGAAGAAAGUUGGAUUGGCUCUUUGCAUGCAGUCGGAGGAAUGUUUGGACCGGUGCUGCUGGCGUUACUGUCGGCAAAAAUCGGAAAACGUUACACCGUCAUAUCGUUGGUCGUGCCAUUGGUGGUUGCUCCACUAAUCUACGCUUUUGCGGAGACCAUUUAUUUGUUUCUUAUUGCUAGAGUUGUUGGUGGUAUAGCUGUUGCUUCGAUAUUUUCUUUGGUUAUAUUAUAUGUGGUUGAGAUAUCAGACAACCAUAACAGAGGUUUAUUCACUACAUCUUUUAUAAUAUUUUUGAGUUUGGGUAUGGUAUUUGCUUAUUGCGUUUCACCAUAUACAUCACUGAAAGUUUAUAACUUGACUGUGAUUGUGUUUCCUGUGCUAUUUGCGGUUGCGUCUUUUUUCAUAAUUCCGGAAUCUCCUUUCUAUCUUGUGGCCAAGGGGAGAGAGGAGGAAGCAAAAGAUGUUCUUACAAAAUUACGAGGAACGGAUGUCCACAUAAAAGAGGAGAUACAAGUUAUUAAAGACGCACUCGCUAGAAACAGUGAUCAAGCUACUAUUAAAGACAUGAUCAGUACAAAGGCAGCAAGAAUAGCAUUUCUUAUUUCCACAUUGUUGGUGGUUACUCAGCAAUUCUCCGGAUUGGCUGUAAUUUUGUCUUACACUGAACAAAUAUUUAAGGAAACAAAUAGUAAUUUAACACCUGCAGAAUCUUCAAUUGUUAUUGGAGUGGUAGGAUUUUUGUUUUCUCCACUUGCUCCAAUACUCUCUGAUAGGUUUAAUAGAAGAGUUUUAUUUUUAUCAUCUCUACUUGGAAAUUUAUUAAUGUUGAUUGUCAUUGGAUUAUAUUUUUUCUUGAAAGAUAAUGGUACUGACGUAGAUGCCAUAUCUUGGUUACCCCUCGUGUGCGUAGUUAUGUUCCUUUUUUUCAACAGUUUCGGACUUAUGCCACUAGUUUGGCCUAUAAUUACUGAAAUAUUGCCACAAAAUGUAAAAUCACAUGGCACUGGAGUUCUGAACUUACUAUCCAAUGUAUCAAGUUUCAUAGUUAAUUUCCUGUUUCCUAUAAUGCAGGAUUCCAUGGGAUUGGCAGGGAUUUUCUGGUUUUAUAGUGGAAUUAUUACGGUGACAGGUAUCUUCUUUUAUUUUAAAUUGCCUGAGACUAAAGGGAAGAGCAUGCUUGAAAUUCAAGAUAUUCUUUCUUCAUAGAAGAAAUA